CCGCAAUCGCUGACCAUGGCGGCUCACGUAUCUGAUUGUGGCAGGCUGGCAUCAACACACCCAAGGUGCUCGCUCGCUCGCUCUCGUCGCAUCUCCAUCGAGGGAGGGGACGAUUAUGCACAUGCAUCUGAAGACCCUCUCCAAGAUGCCUCCGUGACCACCAACAUAAUCUCCUGACACAACUUACCACAGCCCCUGAUAUUUUCUGCUUAAUGGAAGAUUGUGAAAGAUCAAGGGAUCAAGUAUUCUUACCGAGGGUGACAAGAUCACUUUCGGACACACAAAUGGUUACAAGAUCGAGCCGGGCCAGUACUCUCGCCAGCUUCACUCCGAGUUCCAGUUUAUGUUUGAGAAGUUCCAGAAGCGCCAUGAGCUGCCCAAGCACCAGGGCCUGGACAGUGUGGAGUACCACCAAACCAGGACGUGUUGUGGCACCCGCAAACUGCCCUCCUCGCCGGAGUACGACCGCAGCGAGUGUUGUGACACGUUGGACAAACAGGGUGCUUUACGAACGUGUAGAUCUCCCACCAUUCAGGAACACACACUGCCAGCCAGCCCAACCAUACCUGUCACAAGAGGGGAAGAAAACGAUUUAGAAAGUGGUAGAUUGAAAAAUGUAAGUACUGAUUGUCCAACCCCCAAAGUGUGUCAUGUGCAGAAAAGUGCGUCAACACCCGAAGUGCCAGAUUUCAUGGAAGAAGUGGAGAUUCUUGGAGCAGCAGAUUCAGCCGAAAGUCACACUGAAUGUUCUGAGGGUAACUGUGGUAACGUAAGUGAAGUCGACCAAUCAAAUCAAUGCAAAAGUCCUGUGUUAACCAAUGGGAAUUCAGGAGAAGCAUCUAGUCAAGAUGAAGAGGUGGACAGUCCUAAGGCUUUUGUCAAAGACGUUCAAGGGGAACGCGAGACAUUCCAAACCAAAUCAAAUUUAAGUGACCACUGUGACUUUAACAAAAGUGAAGAUGAAAAUGGCUCAGACGUGCCUGUCGCAAGAACUGAGGAUGUGUCGCCUUGUAAACAGGUUGAUGCAAGUUUGGAAAUGAGUGAAAUGAAAGGGCCAGCGAAUACAAAACGGAAGUGCAAUUCCCGACCGAACAGUGCUAAGAGUUCCAGUAGUUACGAUGAGUGUGAUGGGGAUGGCAAGGGGGGUCGGAAUAUCUGGAGUAUUAUGUCCGACAGUAACGAUGACGCCAUGAAAGAUAGCUCCGCACCUAGUCCCAUGGGCGAGUCCUACGACCAAUCUCAUAAUCCAGUCAUUCACCAACAAGAUGGGUCGUGUGACACCCUCACAAACAAUGAGACUCUUGCCUUUGGACAAUCGUUUUUCACUGAUGCUGUACAGAACUCUAACUUCAGGAAGGACCACGACGGUGAAACCAACUCUAUGUUCAGUGAGGACAGUGAUAGAGAGCGAUGUCUCCAGUUUCUCCAUGUGCAAGUGUCCAGUUUGUUGGGGUCACUCAGUGCAGACGAUAAUAAGACCGGCAAAUCAUCAGACACCAGGACCAGUGGUCAGCCAGGCUCCAACCCCAACAAGAGGAGGAAAGCAAGGCGUUUCGCGCCACGCACCAAGAGGACGCGGGUGAGACUGACAGAUGACGAGAAACUGGAGGAUGGCGUGGAGUGGUAUGAGGAAGAGACCUGUGCAGCCCCUGACUGCAGCAAGCCCAGAGACCGCAGGGUGCAAUGGGUCCAGUGUGAUGACUGUGACAAAUGGUUCCAUACUGUGUGUGCUGGUUGUCGCUAUGACGACGUCAAAGACUCAACAAAGCAGUUUCACUGUGGUUGUGGUUAGGUCGCAGAGGUCAGGAGACCAAAGGUCACAGGGGUCAGAGAGCAAAAGGUCACAG